AUGGUUAACUCUCACGGAACUUCUUUAGUGGAAACAGACUUUAAUUAUAAGUUUGUAAGAAUAUUCAAGUUAUCUCUUGCAUUUUCAGUGUUGGCAUGGGCAACUCUAAGUGUGACACCACUGUUUAUCUUACUUUCAAUGUUUGGUAUUCUCACUAAAAUUCCACUACCAUUACCUCCAUCACAAAGAUAG